AUGUUAUUUUCAAGUUCUUCCAACGGAAGUCGGGCUUCAGAAAUUCAAUUUCAAACCUUGGAUAUUACUUCUCAGCUCUCGGCUACAGUGUGCAGUCCAGUUAUUCAUCCUGGUUUGAAGAAUAGAAAAUCAUCAGCAGUACUGGAACUCAUCCACAGGCACGGUCCAUGUGCUGUCAUGAAUCAAACAAAACCGAUAUCCCGACCCAGCACAACCCACAUCCUCCGCAACGACAAAUUAAGGGUCGAAUCAAUCUUCAAUGGUGGCCGCAUUCCUGUCAGCUCUGGCGAUUCCCUACAAAAUACUGGCGAAUACAUCGUGACCAUGGGCCUCGGCACGCCCGAAACAAAGCUCUCCCUCCUUUUCGACACCGGCAGCGAGCUGACGUGGACUCAAUGCAAACCAGGGCUUCUUGGAUAUCAUAGUCAGAAAGACCCAAUGUUCGACCCACACAAGUCCACUUCCUACUCCUUCAUCCCCUGCAAUAGCAGUGAAUGCUCUCUCCUUGCUACCGAUACCACAUUUGGUCCCGAUUGCUCCUCUGCAAACCAAUGCACCUACGUUUUCACAUACGGUGAUGGAUCCAUAACCGUCGGCUACUUCAGCAAGGACACACUUACAAUUACACCCAACGUGAAAGUCCCAAAUUUCAUGUUUGGCUGUGGCCAAUUUACUCAGGGCCUUUUCGGACUUGAAGCUGGAAUUCUGGGCCUGGGCAGAACCAACAUUUCCAUAGUUUCCCAAACUGCUAAUAUAUUUCAAGAAUGUUUUUCCUACUGCAUCCCUUCUAACCCAUCCUCCAAUGGCUUCCUUGCAUUCGGAAAAGAUUACGAUAACACCACCAAAUUCACGCCUUUGAUUUUAAAACAAGAAUAUUCCCCAGUGUUCUACUACAUCCACAUAACCGACAUAGCCGUGGACGGACGCAAAUUACGCAUCAGUCCAGAGAAUGACGUGAAACUCGAUUUGGAUGCUUCCGGAACCGGAACACUUUGGGUUUACAACAAAUCGCUAAUGUGCCUUGCUUUCGCAAGCACUGACGAUACUGUGGGUCUUUUGGGCAACACUCAGCAGAAGACAUUCGAGGUCGUGUACGAUGUUGCCGGCCAGAAAUUAGGGUUUACCUCAGGCAUGUGUACUUGA